AUGACUACACAGCUAGAGAUAUUUAUUAGAGCAUUGUCCCGCCUUUUAGGAUGGGCAUACAUGCUAUGCUGGUCAGGAUCCUUCUAUCCUCAACCCAUCACAAACUGGAAGCGCAAGUCUACGGUCGGCCUUUCUAUAGAUCUGUCCACCAUAAACCCCCUGGGCUUUGUUUGCUAUAGCAUAUAUACAUCGGCUUUCCUCUUCUCGCCUCUCAUUCGAUCACAAUAUGCGGCCCGGCAUCCUGCGUCUAUCGACCCGACUGUUCGGUUCAAUGAUUUUGCAUUUGCGGCCCACGCGGUGGUCCUGUGCAUUAUAAUGUAUACACAAUUCUGGCCAUUUAUCUGGGGUUUCCAUGUUGGACGCUUCCAAAGGAUCAGCUGGACAAUGGCGUGUAUCUUCUGGGGCUCUGUUUUGACACCCUUGUUGGUAACGGGCAUUGUGCUGUCGCAAAGUCCAGAUGGAGGGUACGAUCCUUCGACUUGGGCAUGGAUUGAUGUGAUAUACUCAUUCUCAUACAUCAAGCUUCUUAUAACCAUUGUGAAGUACAUGCCACAAGUGUGGCUGAACUAUGAACGGCAGUCCACUGCUGGCUGGAGUAUUGGAACCAUUCUUCUAGACUUGGCUGGUGGUGUACUUUCCAUGGUUCAAUUAGUGCUUGACUCCAGUCUUCAGAGUGACUGGAGUGGAAUCACUGGCAACCCGGUCAAGUUGUUGCUUGGAAAUGUUACCAUCUUUUUCGACGCAAUUUUCUGCAUUCAACACUACAUCUUAUACCAAGACACACCUGACCCAAAGAGAACGUUUGGCCCGGGCGUGGAGACGCCACUCUUGGUCGGACAAGAUGAUGCUGUGGGGGAUCGGGUAUGA